UGCGCCGUGCCGUGCGCAACAAGCCGACCGUCGCGCCCGGCCCACGCCUUUCCCCUUCCGCCUCCGGUCCUUCCGCAGUCUUUAGCCUCUAGAUCCCACCAGACCCCGACCGGACCCGAUCCCAUGGCUUUCUCGCGGCUCCUCCCCUCCCGCAGCCGCCUCCUCUCCACCCUCCUCCACACACCGGGACCCAUCCCCACCCCGCGCGCGGCAGCCGCCGCCACCACCACCCCGCUCGGCCCCUUCCUCCGCAGCUUCGCCUCGGGCGCGCGGCGGGCGGGGCCCUCCUCCCGCCCCCGCGCCGCGGACAUCGGCGCCCGCGCGCGACAGCUGCAGACGCGCCGCCUCUGGUCUUACGGGCUCGCCUUCGCCUGCACGGCCGGGUUCGUGGUCACCGUGCUCGCCACGUUCCAGGACCAGCUCGUCUUCUACGUCACGCCCACCGACGCGCUCGCCAAAUUCACCGCCGAUCCCUCCAAGCCCCGCGUCCGCCUCGGCGGUCUCGUCCUCGAGGGCUCCGUCGUGCACCCCUCGCCAUCCUCUCCCGAGAUCGAGUUCGUCGUCACGGACCUCAUCACCGACGUGCUGGUCCGGUACGAGGGCGCGCUGCCUGACCUCUUCCGCGAGGGACACUCCGUCGUCGUUGAGGGGCUCCUCAAGCCCCUCACCGACGACCUCCGCCGCGACGACGGGAGGAAGGUGGCCGAGAAGGCCCGGGAGUGCUCGUGCUUCUUGCGCGGCACCGAGGUGCUCGCCAAGCACGACGAGAAGUACAUGCCCAAAGAGGUCGGCGAGGCGCUCGAGCGAAACAAGAAGCGCCUCGAGGCCGAGGCAGAGGCGGCCGCCGCUCAAGUGUCGACUGUGGCGGCGGCGGCGGAGGGAGCAAAGCCAAGCUCGUAAGAUUUUGUCCGCCUUCUGAUUCGAGAUGUACUGGAUGUCUGGAUCUUGAGUAUGAGGCAUCAGGCCUAUGUAGAUUUGGAUUUGAUUUCACUAUGGCGCUGGGGAAUAUCUGCAGCGUGAUUGAAUUUUGAUUCUAAGCUGAUGUGAUUUUAGUAUUUGUGAGCUGGGGAUCAGCAAUUUUUGUUAGGAGAAUAAUGACAAAUGUUCAUUGAACACAGUAUACAAUUUGGUAUACUCCAUCCACUGAGUGAUACUAUAGGUUUACUAGAUCAUAAGCGUGAGCUAUAGGUGGAUUUGAACUUGAUUUCACACCAGAACUCUGAGGUUACCUGUGGCAUUAUUCGGUUUAAGCUAUUGUGAUUGUAGUACUUUUGGCCAGGGGAUAAAGCAAUUUUUUGUUGUGGGCUGAUUCGGCAUGGCUCUAUGUAUUGUUUCUCAAGCAUUAUUACCAAUAUAAUGGUAUUUCAACUGA